AUGCAUGCAGAAAUCCGUGCCUGCAGAGCUCUGCUGGCUGCAGGGGAGGAACACAUCAGUGCGGUCAUCAAGCUGCAGCUUCAAGCAGAAGAAAGAGGAGUGGUGUCAAUCAAAGGUGUAAGUGCAAAUCGCUUUCUGGCUAUGAAGGAGGAUGGCAGGUUGCUGGCCUUGAAAUGUGCAACAGAAGAAUGUUUCUUUUUUGAGCGAUUGGAGUCUAAUAACUAUAACACUUACCGAUCACGGAAAUACUCUGAUUGGUAUGUGGCACUGAAAAGAACUGGACAGUACAAACCUGGACCAAAAACUGGACCUGGACAGAAAGCUAUCCUUUUUCUUCCCAUGUCUGCUAAAAGCUGAUUUCCAUGGCGGAUUCCGAGCACAUAUGCCACACUACACGAAAGACGUCGAGUCUCCUACUCCUCUCUGAAGCAGCAAAACCAGAAGCAAUUAUUUGCUGAUAUUAACUACUCUUGCAGAUACC